CAAAAACCAGUGCAAUCGAAUUCCAAAAUCGAUCAACAAUGCUUCUCACAUCCCAAUUCAAAUCCCUCUUCCUCCAUGGCGCCACCGCCCCCUUCAGGCUCUCCGCCGCCGCAGCUCCGCCUCCCCCCACCACAGUCCCCGUGAUCAAGGCAAUGAGGACGCUCCAAGGCAAAGUAGUCUGCGCCACCAACGACAAAACGGUUGCCGUGGAAGUGACGCGCCUGGCCCCACACCCCAAGUACAAGCGGCGCGUGAGGAAGAAGAAGAAGUACCAGGCACACGACCCCUUGAACCAGUUCCAAGUCGGCGACGUCGUCCAGCUCGAAAAGGGCCGCCCCGUCAGCAAGAACAAGACCUUCUGGGCCGUCCCCGUCCCCGCCCGCCCCUCCUCGCCGCCGCAGGGCCUCGGGAUUCCGUUGGAGUCGGAGCUCAGCCAAGUUUGAAAUUUGUCUCCUUGAUUGUAAUUUUUUGUAUGGAAUUGGAAAUUUAAUCAUCUGUUAAUCUAGUGUGAGUUUGAUUUGUGGGAA